AUGAUAAAUAACUUAAAAUUAAAAAAAUUUUUAAAUAUUUAUAAUUUAAAUUAUAAAUAUCAAUAUAACAAUAAAAUAAAUUUAUAUUUAAUAAGAAAUGGAUUAAAUAAAAAUUUGAUAAAAAAUUUAUCUAAUAAUAUUUAUUUAUAUUUUUUUAUUUACAAAUUUAAAAUAUAUUCUUUAAAAUUUUUAAAUAUGUUUAAAUUACCAGAUUGGUCAUUUUUUGAAUGUCCAAAUAUAAAUUAUGAUAAUAUAAUUUAUUAUUCUUCUAUUUUAAAAGAUAGUAAUUUAUUAUUAUAUUUAAAAACUAAUUUAAAUAUAAAUUUUUUAGAUACUAUUUUAAUUAAAAAUAAUUCUAUUGAUGUUAUUUUUGAUAGUAUAUCAGUAUUACAUACAACACAAUAUUUUUUAAAAAAAUUAGGUAUUAUAUUUUUAUCUUUAUUUGAUGUUGUUUUAAAAUACCCUUUAUUAAUAAAAAAAUAUUUAGGAACUGUAGUUUCUUAUAAAGAUAAUUUUUUUGCAAAUAUUAAUUCAAUUAUUUUUAGUGAAGGAUCUUUUUGUUAUGUUUCUAAAUAUAUAAAAUGUAGUUUUAAUUUAUCAACUUAUUUUAAAACUAAUUCAUAUGAUUUUGCACAAUUUGAACGUACUUUAUUAAUAGCAAGUGAAUUUUCAUAUGUAGGAUAUUUAGAAGGAUGUACAGCUUUAAUGUAUAAAGAAUCACAAUUACAUAUAGCUAUAGUAGAAGUUAUUGUUAAAAAUAAUGGUUAUGUAAAAUAUUAUACAUUACAAAAUUGGUAUAGAGGUGAUUAUUUAGGUAAUGGUGGAUUAUAUAAUUUUACUACUAAACGUGGUAUUUGUUUUCAUUUUUCAAAGUUAGAUUGGAUUCAAAUAGAAUUAGGAUCUAUAAUAACAUGGAAAUACCCUUCUACUAUUUUAAAAGGAAAUUAUUCAAUUAGUAAUUUUUAUUCAAUAUCAUUUUUAUCAGAUAUGCAAAUUGCAGAUACUGGUAGUAAAAUUUAUCAUAUAGGAUCAUAUACUAAAAGUUAUAUAAUUUCAAAAAGUAUAUCUUUAAAUAAAUCAUUAAAUAUUUUUAGAGGAUUAGUAUAUGUUAAACCUAGUUCUUAUAAAUCUUAUAAUUAUACAGAGUGUAGUUCAUUAAUAUUUGGUAAUAGUUCUUUAACAGUAACUAUUCCUUAUAUAAAAAAUUAUAAUAAUACUAGUGUUAUUAAGCAAGAAGCUUUUAUAUCAAAAAUUGAAAUUUUAUAUUUAUUUUUAUUAAUGCAACGUGGAUUAAGUAUUUCAGAUUCUAUUUCAUUAAUAAUUAUGGGAUUUUGUUCUAGUAUUUAUAAUAAACUUCCUUUUGAAUUAAAUUUAGAAAUACCAAUAUUAUUUUCUUUAAAAGUGCAAGAUGUAUUAAAAUAA